UUCUCGCGACGGUACGACCAUUGCAUUUUGCUCCGUAAUUUUUCGAAAAUUGUGCAAUUUAAAGCCCCCGGUGGCACCCGAAAGUGGGCUCAACCGGUAUCGGAAGUGAUUCGCGAUCGGGACGCGUUCGAGUGCAAUAUUAUUGCUCCACCAGCGAGCAAAUUUCUGUGAAAAACAGUGAAAAGUUUGCCGUCAAGGAGUUUUUCCAUCUCUUUUUUCGCUUGCCCUAGUGUAUGCGUCUGACGUUGGACGCCUGUGCAGGUUUCAGUGUGUGUGCGGUGUGAAACUCGUCUAAAAUUUCGUACGUUGAAGCGAACCAUCGGCGAAUAAGUGAAAUUUGUUUACAAUUUUCGUGCGCGUGUUGGUGCGGUUCGGUAGUUGACAUUGGUUCGGGCAAAAUCGCGGCUGUCGUUCGGACCCGAAGUGGCUAAAAACAAACGUCCGAUCCGGAGGGUUCGGAAUUCGGACAACUUUCGUGCUCGGUCGGAUGCUCACGAUUGACAUUCGGUAGGGUUUCGUUGUGUUCGCGAUUCGUGUAGCAAAGUUUUUUUUUUUUAUUUUAGACAGAUAAGUGAUUUAAAUGAUCUUGUGUUUACGCGUGUGUGUUUUCGUCGCGUCUUUCGCGUGAAGGUAUUGUUGCUUUGGUGGUGACGGAUUUGGGAUUUUCCGUACACACUCUUUUAUCGUCCCGUGUGCGUUUCAUUGCCUGGAAUAGGAAACGAGAAAAGGCACGCAGAGAGGCACAAGCAUACGACUCAAUCUGUACCGAUUGCGGAUUCCGCAGAAGUGUGAACCAGUGAAGGAAUAAUCGCGGCGAAUCAAGCGAUUUUCCGAUUAGUGGAAGCAUAUGUGAGACCGAAAUGUGUGAAGAGUAGACACGCGCCCUGCGGAAAAAAGCGGAAUUCUCCUAUUGCGGAUUAUGGAUUACAACAAAUCGACCAAUAAAUAUUAGACUAGCGCAUGAAGACAAAGAAACAACUCGCCGCGGCCGCUGCAGCGGCAGCAGCAGCCGCCGAGAAGAGAGCCGCAAACGCCCCCGCUGCUGGCGUUUCCCUAAAAAAGCCGCUCAAACGCCUCCAUCCGAAAGGAAAAGAAACUCCGCCGAAGGUGGUUGAUUCACAAUCGUCACAAGCUCUCCCCCAGCCGUCAAAACCAGUACAACCCAUCACAGCGAAGGGGAAAGCUACGACGAAACUCGUCGUCGGUCCGAAAUCUCCUGUUCCAACGAAACUAGAUACUGCUGGCGUACAAGCCUCGGUACCACCCGGUAAAGUGGCAACCACACCCUCGGGAUCGGCUAAGGUAAACAAACCUACCAAGCAUGAUACCGCCUUGAUUCCAGUCAGUCCUACUGGGACCAGUGUAAAAGCUUCGGGUUUAUGUUCACCGAAAGGAUCCGCCAGCAUCAAAAAGGUAGAGCUCGCUAAAGGGAAAAAACCCACACCCACCAACACUGGUGGCAAAAAAUCAUCCGCCGGAGAGAAAAAGAAGAUUCAAAAAGAGUUGAAAAAUCUUGGUAUUACCGAUAGGACCAUCAAUCAACUCGACGCGACCGUGGUCGAAUGCAAUCCGUCCAUCAGUGAGAUGGUGAAAACCAAAUCGCGUGCCACCGUCAGUCAGCAAAAGUAUAAUGAGAUUGGCUCGGUGGGUGGUCCCUCUGGGUCGACCCAGAAGACUACCGUGGCUGCCAGUUCCGUAAAACCGGAAGGCUAUCCCGCGUUGAUGGGUAGCAGCGAUGGCAAUAAGCCAACAGAGUCCGUUUCGAUGGUAUCUGCAGCGGCUAAUAGAAAGAAAGCCUCUUUUGCCCAGCAGAAGACAAAGGACACGCCACUCGCCGCAAAAGAAGAUACCAAACGGGAGGCUGCGGAUCGUGAAGAAGGUGCGAAAAACAAAAGCCCAGUCAUGGCCUUGCCAACGCCUGCGCCACCACCGUUAGCCGCUAAAGAAGAUGUCAAAGCGCCGGCCGGGGCCAAAACGAACGAUAGCAAAACUAAGGCGAAAAAACCCGAAAGCAACGACGAUGAUAAUGAUAAUGGUACAGCGGAAAACAAGACGGUAAAAAGAAACACCUUUGCGUCUGCGGUUACAAUGACUGCGGUCCCCAAAGCAAAACCCAGAUCCAAGAAGGCUAUCCUGGAGGAAAAGAGAGCGGCAGAGGCAAAAGCCGCUGCGGAGGUCUUGGCUGCCAUGGCACAGCCUGCUUCUGGGUCUGCUGUUAUACAAGCCGAAGAUAAACAAAAGGUUGAAGAGGAAAAAACAUGUUCCCUUGUUGAACUUGAAACGGACGACCGGCAUGAGGCUGACGUCCAGAGUCGCAUUGAAGAUAUUGUAAAAGCUCUGGAGGAGGAGGAUGACGAGGAGGAAGGCGGAAUAACACAUCCGAAAGCGGACGAGAUUAAGAUAGUGCCCCAGGUGAACGAUGAACAAUCGCCAGCAGCGAAAGAAAAGAAACAAAUAAAAGUGGUGAAACCAAAAAGUUCUAAGUCCGUCCCGAAAAAGCCGCGUAAAGCACCAGCUAAAAAGCCACCGCCGAAUGAUGAAAAGGUGGAAAGCAAUGUUGUGACUUUGAACGAUUCAAUUAGUUCGGAAAAUAAUACACCCGCUGUCGGGAUGUCAGAAAAACAAUUAAUCUCUUCGUAUUCAGCUGAAAGAUCGACUAAACCUUCCGAAAUGGAAGUCGUGACCGUUAAAAGUGUUCCAACUUCAACGGCUAAACGAAAAUAUGUUAGAAAACCGAAGAACUCUGGGGGUGUUGCGAUCAAAGUUCCUAGUGCACUGCCACUGGAAACCCAGAAAAGUGCUACCAGUCCCAAACAUGCCCCGGAAAUAGUUCCAAUUAGUCUAGAAUCUCAACAUACUCCACAGAAAGAUGCUUCCGCUCACAUUGAACCGCCGGCAAGUGACAAGCAACUACAAACAAUUCAAAGCAGCAAAUGUUUCGUAAAGACUAACGAGAUGUGUCCAUUGAAACCGAUGGAAUCUCCCGAACCUCCGAAAACAAUUCGAUCAUCUACGGAAAAUUACGAUGAUGUCCCGCUGAAUCGGCUAAAAAAUAAAACUAAACCUCCAACCAAUUCGUCGGAAGUAUUCACGGUUCCGCCUAAACCACCCAUCUCGGUAGAGCCUGCCAGUUCUGGCAGCUCAAAUCCGCCGACUCCGCUGCUUGCCAGCCUGUUGAGCAAACCGGUAAAAUCCAGGAGAAAGUAUGUCCGGAAGAACCCCGUAACGCCGGGACCUAGUGGCAGUAAGAAACAACCUCCAAAGCGCUCUCUCGAUACGCCCAAAGAAUCCAGCGAUAAAAAGUCUGAAAAGAAGGACGUGUACGAUUUCGACGAUUCCGAGAGUGACAUCGACACUCCGGUGAAGGCAGGUAAACCUAUUUUUAAGCGAAAGCCACUGGAAUCUUCAUCUUCGCUGAGGGAUGAAGAUGAAUUCGAUGACACGCAGCAACUGGAGGUGAAAUCGGCGAAGGAAGUAGAGAAUAUCGGCCAGAUGAUGUCCGAGAAAAAGCUUCCAGCAAGUGACAAUGAUUCUGAACUGGAGAAAAAAUCUUCAAAACCGAUAAAGAAAUCAUCGAAAUCCGAGGAUAGGAUCAAGAGCCCCGAGGGACCUCCUUUGAAAAUGUCUUCGUCCGAAUCGGAACAUUCGAAUGAUGAUGACGAUGGGGAUGAUGACGAGGAUUAUCCGCACGAGCGACCACGUACCCCAAUCAGUCGGAAGGUGAAGCAGGAGGUUCGGGACAGCUCGGGCGAUGAGAACGACGACGACGACGAUGACGAUUCGGAUGGCUAUUCGUCGGAGGAAUCGGUACGGACUAGAAUUGUGAAGAAACGGCUGACGGCAAAGACGCGCCAUUUGAAACUGUACGGAUUUUGGUCCGGUCCCAAACGGCAUCGGGUGGCUUCGUUGAAUGCGAUUGCCAAGGUACACUGUUUGUACGAGAACGAAACCCGAGCUGCGCUGGAAGCUAGUUUGACGAAACAGUCGAAAGGCUCAAAGGCGGUCGCAGCUAAGGUGGUGAAAAAGGAGAAAACCGAAGACGAUGAUAAGAAGAAAGAGGUUUGUGAUGCGAAGGAAGACAAGAAGGAUGUAAAAAGUGACAAAAAAUUAAGUGCACAGGAGAAGAAGGAAAAAGAAGACGAUAAAAAGCAAAAAGCGGCCCUAGCAAAGGAGGAAAAGAAGAAAGUGUGUAAACUUGUGGAAUCUAAGGAAGAGAAAAAGAAGGAAGGUAAGAAGGUUGAAGUGAAAGAAAAUAAGAAGGACAGUAAGAAGAAAGAGAAAGAAAAACCGAAAGAGGAGUCGACUAGCGAUAGCGAAGACGAUGAAUCCGAGGAAGAAGUUGUUACACGCACUCUGCGUUGCGUCCCCGGACUUCGUGGAGUCGGAAAGCACUGGGACCCGAACGCCUCCAGCAUGGAGUCGGAAGAUGACCUUCUACCGGAUUCCGACGAAACAUACGCACAGGGAAAAGACACCGAUCCAGUCAAAAAGCGCAAGGUCAAGCGCAAAAUAGUCAAAAAAGCCAAACCCAAACCGAAGAGUGAAAAGUCUGAAAAGUCGGAGAAACCCGACAAACCCAAACCACCGGCCAAGAAGAUCAAAAAGGAACUGAAAGCCCUCAUGUCGGAUAGUGAACGGCAAGCGGAGGACGAAUCCGGUUCUUCCUCAUCCGAAUCCGAGAAGGUGGUAAGCGCAAAACCCAAACAAGCCGAUAGCAAGAAGCGCAAACGAAAACCCAAAGAGAAGAAGGAAGUUGUGGAGGUGCUGGCCAAGAAACGAAUGGCCAGUUUGAAUGCCACCGCAAUGCUUGCGGCUACCUAUGAAGUUCAGAGGAUUCUCUACCGUAACACCGAUUCCGAUUCGGAUAAUCCGGCCCACAAACCCAAAACGAAGAAGGCCAAGGAGCAGAAGGAAGCAAAGGAAAGAGAAGCUGCUAAGGCCGAGGAGAAGAAGGAAGCGAAAGAAUCGAAAGAAUCAAAAGAAGCUAAACGUGAAGAGAAGCCUGCAGAAGUAGUUGAAACGGUAAAAUCUCCAGAGAUAGAUAAAUCUCUUGAAAAGGAAGAAACUAAAGAAAGAGAACAUGAAAAUACUAUAACGAUCAAAACGGAACUUCUUCGUGACAAGAAAGAUGAAACAGAAGUCAAGCGGGAGCUGGAAGAGCCCCGUCCGAUGUCCAGCAACGUUGUCAUCGCACAGGAUACCGAGGUCACCAUUACCGGUGUCUACGUAAAUUCCACUCUCGGAGCCAAUCAAGAGGCAUACUGCAAAAUGCAGUAUCGUGUUCAGCAAAGCGUUACCGAGGAGCGAUUGGUACGGCCAGGCGAAGCACCGCCUAGAUCGUACACUCCCCUGACGGCCCUGUCCAGUAUGCGGCCACCUAACGAUCAAACCUUAACCACACCGCCCCUGUUCGGUCCACCAUCGCAGUGUGAUUCGCCGUUGGGUUUGGGACCACCGCGGUCCUUCUAUCCACCGCCCACAUCAUCAUCCGGCAGUUCCAGUGCGUUCUGUGCGCCGAUUCCGCAUGAUAGUCCAGGCUACUAUCAACCGGCUGGUCCGUUGAUAUCUCCCCAUCUGCUACCGCAGCCGCCUCCAGGUCCACCCAGUUCAACGUCCCAGCACAGCGCAAGCAGUAGUACUGUGACCAAACAACCACCGGAGUCCGAUUCUCCGUUGCAGUCUCUGACACAGCCACCGUCCUCAUCGACAGCGGACAGUACCGAUAGCGAUGUGCUGCUGACGGGUGGUGACUUAUCAUCCCGGUCACAAGCCUACCGAUACGGUCCGUCCGGUCCGCCCAACAUCUACCCGCGUCCAGUUCAGAUGCACUGUCCUCCACCGCAUUUGGCGCCCAACUACUACGCGGCACCUCCUUACAGUCAGUACCCCCCGGAGAUGUACUACACCCAUGCAUACCCGCCGGCACACUUCUAUCCGAAAUUUGCCCAGUACUACCCAAGCAGGCGGUACUACCCGGGACCACCGGGACCCGGCGAGCAUCUGUACGAGCAAGCUCCGCCUCCGUCUAGUGCCCCCGUACCGCCACCGGCCGGUGCCCAGCUGGUUCCUGCCGGUCCGCAGGGUCCCCAGCACAUGGAUCACUAUCCCGGGCCGCCUCCAUAUCCGUACCCGGGAUACGGCAGUCCUGGGCCGGGGCCGGGUGGGCAGUGUUACUCCCGUAAUCUGCAGCCCCCACCGUACAUGGAUGCUCACUACACGACCAAUUGUCCCUGUCCGAUGCAGUCGUGUCCAAAAAACGUCAAUGCUGGGUCCCUUAUUGGUAUCAAGGCCAGUAAGGGCCCAGUAGCCACCGUACAAACCCCAAACCAUCAUAUCGCCACGACGGGAGUCUAUUCCGCAGUGCAAACAGCUACCGUGAACAGCAGCGAACCGAUAAUGAUCUCCUCUGGUUCGUCUACAUCCUCUUCACCACCACCGCUGGACAUCCACGCACCAAUCGUGUGUCCAGCCGAGAUCACUACUUCCUCCAUAUACGCGACCCCGACUACAACUACUACGCCGGCGGUCAGUGCAGCGUGUACUAACGCACCCGUCUGCACCACCAAUACCACUACCAUCACCACCACGUGCAGCAACACCACAAUGACCGAACCAAAUAGAACACCUAACGUUAAGCCAGAAAGUGACCUGUAUCAGUGUAGUAAAAACUACCACCUUCAUCAUCACCACUAUCAUCACAACCAACGUCCGUCGGCACCUCCGCCAACGCACCCGCUCCAGCAUUUUGACCACACAAACACCCCGCUACUGGCCGAGGUCAAAGAGGAACCAUCGACGCCUACCCCCGAGUCCGAGUUCAAGUCCGCCAAAAACAUUCCGAAGCUGAUACCGAUUACGGCCGCCAUGGUGGUCAAACAGGAGAUCUCCGAAGUCAAACAGGAACUAUCGACGGUGGUGAUCUGCAAGAAGGAGGACUUUGAAGAGAAUGGUCCGGCGAUGACACCGGAUCUGCUGCUCGAUGAAGCAUUGAUCAAAAAAGAAGAACUAGUUACGGAGCUCCUACUACCGGACCGGUGUUUUGUCCAGAAUAAAAAACUCGACGACAAAUGUCUGCUAUCCAAUAUUCUAACCACUGAAGCUAAUCUGAUAAACCGUAAGACUACCGGCAGUGAUAUUUGCAGCAGCGACAUCAAUAGUGUUAAUAACAGCAACCACAACAACAACAUCAACAGUAGAAUUAGUAACGAGAAAGUACAAUUAGUCGAUAGUGUCCUACCUGAAAUUCCGGCAUCUACAGUCAAGCGGAGACCGCUGCUGGUCGCAUGCAAGAAAUCCACGCCGAAAAAAUCUCCACCCAAUAGCUAUAAGAAUCUGAUAAAACGUACAAAUCUGGACGAAGAGAGCACGAUCACGGUGCUCAGCGAUGACGACGAAGAAGAGGAUGAAGAAGAAGCAGUGAUUCAAAAGGUAGUCCGAAGAAAGCUGCUUACUACUAAACCUAGAAAGAUUCUCAAGCGGACACGCCGGAUCUUCGGUGCCGAACAGGCACGCCAUCUGAGGAAACUUUCCAGAACAUUGCCAAAGUCUAAACGAAUUCGAAAGGUUUCCAAGCGGCCAUCUUGUGUUCCCAGAAACCCGGAGGCCGAGUUAUCAACAACCGACCAACAAGCACAACCAAAACAUCCCGAAACUAUAACUAUUUUGGACGAUUCACGUGACGACUCGGUAGCUGUGCCGGAGCACGUAGAACCGGCAAAUAAGAUCGAAGUACCCGAGCAGCGGGUACGGCCAAUGUCAAACGUAGACCUCACCAUUGACCUCGUUGCUAAGGGAUAUUUUUCAGAACCGGAAAUACUUUCGCAGGAGGCCAAGACCAAUACACGAACCCUCAAAAAACUGAAGCAGCAGGAGGGUCGCUCACAGUCUGAACAAAAUCGGGGCAAAAGAGAGCGCAGUUCCGAGAGUAAACACUCAUCGAAGAAAACUAAGAAUCUGGACUCUCUGGACGUUGAUUUCGACAAAAGGAAGAGUAAGUGCAAAUCAAAGAAGAUUCAAUCGGAUGCAGUGAGUAGUAGUUUGCAACCCUCACCUAUUAGUCCAUUUAUUCAGGCAGAAAAGGAGACGCGGAAAGCGUCUAAAGCUGCGGAAAAAGAGAAAAAACCUAAGAAAGAGCCCAAACAAAACAGUAAAAAGAAAUCAAUUGCAAAGAUUCAGAAUUCAGAAGAAACAGAGCAAGUAGCUACUUCAACGCCCGUUCCUCCAGUGGAAGAUCAGCAACAAUUUCAGCAAACUCCUACGACAAUAUGUGCUGAAGAGCCGGACCCGAGCGUUGACGAUCGUGAGACGGACUUUGAUGACGCUGCUACGAUGUUAGUGGAAGACGACAUGAUGAGUGUCGACACGAACACGAUGAUAAAUCGACACAAUAACAAUAACAGCAGUACCGUCGAGAACAAGAAUGCCCUCGGAGGAGAGGAUCCGAUGGAGGAAUCCACCGCACAUGCAACCGUUUCAGAGCAGGUCUGCGACCAGCGACCAACUGCUCAACCGGAUGAGGUAGACGAGGAAGAGGAGAUUAUGUUAGCGAGAAGAUUUGCCAAAAAGAAUGCCAAAGCACUUCGGCGUGCUGCCCGGUCGAGGUCCAAAUCCAAGUCACGAAAGUUUAGCAUCAAGAAACGGCACCGCAUAUAUCGGAUGACCGCCGAGGUGGAGGAGGUGAUCGUACCAAGAAAGUGCAACAGUGUGCCCCGCUGGAGUAACGGUUGGACCUGGGAGGGACAGCCGUUCCAGGGAAAGGUGUUUUUGAAUAGCGAUGAUCUUCCUGUGCUGCGAACAUGUUAUCCCGCGAUGCGACAUUCGGAAGGAGACAUCAUUAGGCCACGAGAUUGCGUGUUACUUCGAGCGGGCAGUAAACGCGCGGAACUCCCAUACGUAGCUAAGGUCGCGCAUCUCUGGGAGAAUCCAGAAGAUGGUGAAAUGAUGAUGUCACUUCUGUGGUACUACCGGCCAGAACACACCGAACAGGGUCGUCAGACGACGGAUGGACCGGAUGAGGUGUUUGCAUCACGGCACAAGGACCACAACAGCGUAGCCUGCAUCGAGGACAAAUGCUACGUGCUGACGUUUAGCGAGUACUGCAGAUUCCGCCGCCACCUCAAGGGCUUCGAGGAGAACAUCGUCGAGCAUCCCUCGAUAGUGCCGGCACUGAGGCGCGAGAACACCCGGCUACCACCGCCGAUAGUGUCACCCGAGCUGGUCAUGUACUGCCAGCGUGUAUACGAGUUCCGCUUGAAGCGUCUCCUCAAAACACCAUCCUAGUGCCGGCGGUUGGUGGUAGAGCGACGGGUUCCACCGAAGCCUACCCACGAAGAGCAGCGUCAAUCUCAUCAUCUUCAGCACCAGCCCCAACAGCAGCAGCAGCAACCACAGCAGGGGACAUCAAUUAACAGCAACAACAACAACAGUGGAACAACAUCAGCAACAAUCAAAUCACAUAUCCACAGAUGAAUCGCAUAUUUUCUGGGGGACCGGGCUGCCAACCACCCGUGUAUUCACGGGUCUUGUUUGCUGGGCGGAAUUGCCUGUCAUUGAGUAAUUAUUAGUAGCCGUUUUGUACACUAUAUUUUUCAAGAUUUCUAGUCCAGGGUGGUAUGAAUCAAUAGGACCGACCAGUUGAUCAGCAUUCCGGCGGUUUACUGGCAGGAGGAGUUUAACUUGUAUCCUGACAAUUUUUCGGGGGAUAUCUAGAAGGAACACUAUUGUUUUGAAGUGUCCAAAUCAGUUCCAGAAACUACAUCUUUACGUACUUUUUAUUUACUAUUGUUUAUUUGGUUGUAUUUAUAGUAAUCUUUUGUUUCCGUGUACAGACAUUGUGUACUUCCAGUCUAUUCUUUUUUUAUUCACUCUUUGUUAUUUUUGACAGUUAUUAAUAUUAUUUGUAAAUAGUUUACUUAUCAUUUAUCACGAUAAAACAGUUUGUGGAAUGCGCAGCAGCAUCAAAAUCUAUUCUAAAGAAAACUACCGUAACAGUAACUAAGUAAACAAAACAAAAAAAUACAACUAAAUCUUUUGAACGAUAUUGUUAAUGGCCAGGCAUGUUCAUCAGGAAUAGCGAACAGAAAUUACUAACCAACAAAAAGAAACACAAAUACAAUAAUAACCAACCGAAUAUAUGAACGUCGUUGAUAGUCCUUCAUUUCUAGUAUGCUUCUGAAAAGUUUUACGCACAAAUGAGUAACAGCAAGUAACAAAUUGUUGAAAAACUAGGUACACGUUAGCAGGCGAGAAUGUUUUAUUUGAAUCUAUUAGAAGUUCAGCUUGUCAGAAGUGAAAAAAAUGGUUAUUUGCGUAGAGAACAAAAACAACUGUUUGUUGUGUAAAAUCUUCGGUUUUUUGUUUAGAGUGCGAACCUGUUCAAAAAUACACAAGUUCAGUUCAGUCAUGGAAAAAUAUGCCAAUCAAGAAUAAAUGUUAUUCGCACUAGUAAUAAUUCGUCAAAGGAAGGUAAUCGUCACGGUCAGUAUUAACGUGGUUUGGGACCACUUAUUGGUUAAUGCUCUGAAAUUGAGGUAAUGUUUCUUUCAGGUAGCUUAGGGAAGUGCUGUGAAAAUCGGCGCCAAAUUUUGUAUCGUUUUUGACUGGGACCAGUCUUGUGAAUACAAAAAUAACAAUUGAUACAUCCUUUCGGAACAUACAUGUCAUUCUUGGGUCAAAUAGUUCAUCCGAUUGACCGGGACAGCAACGUCCGAGUUCCUCAAUUUUCGUUGGCUGAUCCGGAAGCGGUCCUUGACUUUUAGUAAUGAGGUAAGCAAGGCUCAUUUGUUGAAACCUUCCUCGCGACGGUGGUAACGAAUCACCGGAUUCUUUGCUCCCCGCGAGGAAUUCCAGAAGACACCGCGGUGUUCUUCCUAGGGGGAGCCGCUGUCCACCACCCUGAUUUACCCUCCUUGGCUAUUAGCUGAGAGGGAGAACAAGACUCGUUCGGCUUAUCCUGCCCAGCGAUGGUGGAUUGGUGCAUCUGGAUCCUUUGCGGUUAGCCUUGGAAGCGAACACUCCUUGUUGAUUAAAUUCCGCCGACAGCACUAAAAUUUUUUUGAACGAGCCACGGACCGGCACUCUCUUUCAUCACACACGCGCCUUUUGCUUUCAGCUUACAUGGCGGGGAACUGUCCCAAUACAAUUGAUAACAUUGUCGAGACGUCCAUCACCGCGGUUCGUCACGUUCUAAACUCGACGGCCGCCUUUCAACUCGUCCAAAAACAAACCACCGGAUAGCUGUCAUGUCCGAUGAGCAGCAAAAUUUGCACGCUUUUCACAGCAAGAGGAGAGCGGUAACCUAUCUUAACCCUAUAUUACUUUUACAAAUGUUCAACGAAAUUUACUACACCUAUUCGCACGAACAAAACCGUUCACAAACGCGAAAAUGAACAAAAAUUUUGUUAUUAAAUGUGAACAGUACAGAACAGCGGUGAGCAUAAUCUUGCGUAAACAAAUACACUCUACGGAGUGUAUACACCAAAAUAGGUAUAUUUUCACUCAGUGCUAAAUUGUUACCCUAACGGGUUACAACUUUCAAGCAAACAUUGAACAAGCUUGAAUGGUUUUGUUUGUAUUUGUUUUACUUCUCCACCGUAUUUGACCAACUGUCAAAAUGAACUUUGAGGGGGAAUUCCGGAUGAAACGGUACUAAGCACGGUACCAAGUUUACCAUAAUAGUAAACAAAAGAGAAAUGGUUCCACUUUCAAUGACUGCUGUGAACUCCUUGGGCAAUUAGGCCGAGAUUAGGCAUUCCAUGAGACAUUUGUGAUCAGCUGAUUAAUUCUUGUUUAUCUCUUGUGACGUUACUCGGGUAUAAGCGACGUCCGACAAAAUCGUCGAUGCGAUCCAACAUCUAACGAAUCGAACCAACGAAAGAUGUUCGUCAGAUGGGAUUUUCUGCUCGUAAAAGCAGAGCACAACAAAUUUGUUGACAAAUUGCACCGCUGAACAGUCAAACAAACGUCUUGUGGAAUGUCUAUGGAAGAUUCUCCAGAGUUU